UAAAUACCACCACUUUCUCCACUUUCAGUACAUUUUCCAGAUUCUACUUACAUAUUUGUACUUAACAUUUCAAAUGCAGGACUUUUAACUCUAACAAAAUACUUUUACAGUGUGGUUUUACUUCAGUUAAAGAUCUAAGUUCCACUUUUUUCUAGAAACCUCUGAGUAAACUUCUCCUGGGAUCUCUUAGUGACUGUUUUGUCUCUGACGCUGACAACAGACGCCUUUAUUCACGCCUCAUUAACCGCCUUAAAAAACAAAGUGUUCGUUUUUCUAAUUAUUCAAAGGUAAGCUGUUCUAAUGGAGGCUGGAGCCCAGAAUCCCCCCAAAGCAGCGCUGGCCUCAGUGUUUCCAUAAAUAGUGUAAAAAUGAGAGUCUGCCUUUAAAACGGGCUCCCCGGACGUUACUUAAAGUCUGAGGGAUUAUCGUGGCUCAGCAGAGUAAUCUUGGAAUGGUUAUGUGCUGCAGCGUAUCAUUUUACUGCCCUAAUCUGUCGCAGAUUAGAGGAACGGAGGGGAUUAAUCUGCACCGGGUUUCGUGAGCAGAAUGAAAUGAAAUGAAAAAUAAACGUGGAGCCAACACGAGUUCUGACGAAACUCUCCCGAGGACGGAGCUUUAUUCUUAUUAACCAGUGAAAUCAGACGAGAUUAUCCAGCAUUAAACCUGCACCGGCUCUGUUCUGCUCUUUGUUUAGGUGCUUUAGACAUUUAAGUUCAUACAAAUCAGAUUUAAAAGACCCAGCAGAUAUGAAGCUACAGCUAGCACCUUGUUAGCUUAGCAUAGCACAACCCUGUUUCAUUUCAUUUUAUGUCUAGUUUCUGUCAUUUUAUGUCUUGUUUUUGUAAUUUUAUGUCUUGUUUUUGUCAUUUUAUGUCUUGUUUUUGUCUUUUAUGUCUUGUUUUUGUCUUUUAUGUCUUGAUUCUGUCAUUUUAUGUCCUUCUUUUGUCAUUUUAAGUCUUAUUCUUGUCAUUAUAUGUCUUGUUUUUGUCAUUUUAUGUCUUGUUUUUGUCAUUUUACAUCUUGCUUUUGUUUUGUGUCUUGUUUCUCUCAUUUUAUGUCUUCUGAAAUUCAGAUUUUGGACAGGGAGGACAGAUGGUUUGAGAGAGGCGUGAAAGAAGCCAUCCAUGUCAAAGUGGAGAAGCCAUCUCUGAACAGGGGAGUGGUCUGCGACAUCAUCUUUCACCAUUUUACAAUCAGGUCCUUUCAAAACUCCCCAAAAGAACUACUCAGCAGAAUGACUCAUGUGAAGUGACUCAUGCUAACGACCACCAUUGGCAUACGAGGGCUCGGUGAAACUCGCAUUUCAACGACCUCCUUAGUGUUACUCCCUGGCUCCCAACGACCAUCGUUGAGGAGCCAGGUGGGCCUUGGCAAUGGUCGUCGGAAUGUGAAUAACACUGACCACACCUCACAGAGGUUAUAAGCUGAGGCAACAUCAACCACCACCAGAACUGAAGAAGCCUCUUGGAUGAGAGGUGAAAUGUCUUCAAGGAACCUUCUUAAAGUCCAGUUGGAUUGAUUUAAAUAACUUUGGAUAACCAUGACCUGGAUGAAUGAGAAACUACACAGACACCUUAUGUUGGUAGGCCUGAGGGGCUGAUUAGGGGGAUGCCUAUAAAAGACUGGCAGUUGAGAGAGUGGGGAGAGAGGAAAGGAGCGCCACAGCACACCAGUUAACCACCUUUGCUGCAUGUAUACUUUUAAUGUGAAUGUUGGCGAACAAACGCCAGGUUGACCUGCAUCUUAUCUCGCCUCAAGCCUCCUGUUUUAUCCAACUGCAAAACGGUCAUGCUAACACCCCUGUACUAUACUAUAUAUGUACAGUACUCCUGUACUAUACUAUAUAUGUACUAUACCCCUGUACUAUAUGUACUAUAAACUGUACUAUACUAUAUAUGUACUAUAAACUGUACUAUAAUAUGUACUAUACCACUGUACUAUAUGUACUAUAAACUGUACUAUACUAUAUAUUUACUAUACCACUGUACUAUAUAUGUACUAUACCACUGUACUAUAUAUGUACUAUACAACCACUGUUCCCUCUAAGCUGCGCACAUGCGCAAUUGCGCACUGCUGACAUUGUCUCCGCGCACAGAAAAUCUGCGCUGCGCACAAAAAAAAAUCCAACCUAAAUUGUAAAUAAAAUAAACACGUAACAAUUCAUUCUGUGCUAUUUUUCAGUGUGAGUCAGUGAGUGACCGGUGACUGGCUGCUGCAGCCAAUGAUGCGAUUCACAUACGUAUUUACCAUAGACUGUAUAUAAUGGUAUUUACGCAGCUAAUCAACGUCAGGCGUCCAUAUGUGCAGCCACCUUUGUUCUCAUAGAUAUGAAUGAGUAGAUAGGACACGCCCCUUUGAGCUGCGUGCUACAGCGAGGCUAAGCUAGUGGGGGAAAAGUUUCAGUGCAUUCCGUUGAUGUAGACAACGUGAAAACGGAAACAAGAAGUAUGCCGGCUCACUGUGCUGCAUACAGUUACACACUACGUCGUACGAUUGAGACAAGGAAACUUGGAAUGACUUUUCAUAGGUUUCCCAGAGACUAUGGGUUGAGGAAGAAUUGGAAGUUUGUCGGCUUAGACCUGGUGUCAUUCCAUCAGUGUUAAACUUCCCGGCUCAUCUUGGAAGAGUACGUGCCAGAAAGACCACAACCAAGCAGCCUUGAGAUCUUAGGCAGCGUCUCCCUGAGGUCCUUCUCUAUCUCCCCACACAUCCACCAACCACUGGAACACAUCUCCAAAGUUCUGCUGGACCAGCUCAGCUUCCCCUCAGAAGAAGUGCUGCCACCUGCCAGAUGAAGGAGCCUUUUGAGAGGCAGCUGGCAUCGUGAUUGGACUGUACUUUGGUCUGUUCCAAUCCAGCUUCAGCUCCAGAGACGGCAGGCGGGACGAGUCAACGGAGGCCUGGUGGACGAAGGCAUGCAGCUGAGUACAAUCCAGAAAACAACAGAGGAGGAGUGCAGCAGCCCAGAGCCAGAACAAGCAGAGUAGCAUCACCAAAGAACUACAGACUCUUCACAACCUGCUCAAACUCUUGGUACAGGACCUCACCACACGGGUCAAGAAGGUUUCUGUCUCAUUUCUACUCUGAAGCUCACCUUCUGCUGCUCAAACUGCUGACAAAUGUUUCUGCUGCUCUAAAGUCUGGCCUCCAGAACUUCCUAAAAACUCUCCAAGUCUCUUCUGCUGCAGGUUGCUUUGUAGAACUGUUCCAGAAAACCUCACUAAACCACAUGGAGGAGCCUCAAGAUAGUCGUCCAAAUGAAAUCAUACAAAAACCAAACUAGUACAACCCAAACACUAAAGUCUUCUGCAGCCUACCAGAGAACCUCUGAGAACAGAGAAUCAGGACAGGAACUCUUACCUUCUGGACAACCAACGCUGGUUCUCAAACAAGAACACAGAAUGUGUCUGACCAAAAACCUCUGAAGACUCACUACAGCCAAGAUAAAGACACAACUCAGCUGCACCAAAUCCACUAAUCACUGCACACAGUAGCACCAUGUGUUAACUGUGGCUAAAGAACCACAUUUACCAAGACAACUAUCCAGUACAAAGCCCUAAAACACACCAAGAAACACAUUAAAGAUGAUUUUACUGCUGGAAGCUGCAAGCCAACACCUAAAGAACAAACUGAAGCAAUGGAGCCAAACCCAGUUCACUGGUGAAGAGAAGCAGAGGAAAUGUUUGUCUGCAGCUAAAUAAAGCAGGAAGACACUGAGUUGCUCAGGUGUUCCUGAUAACACCAAGCAGCCACCUGGACAGCCAAUAGGAACACAGCCACCUGGACAGCCAAUAGGAACACAGCUUCCUGGAAGUCCAGAGGGCGGGGUUAGUGAAGGAAAUUUAGUUUAAAGUUGAAGCAGAAAGUUAAUAAAGAAAGUUGAAAACCACCUUCUGAUACCUGAAAUCUCUGAGUUUUCACACAAAGAACACCUGAACAUGUCAAACUGGUUUCAUAGUAGAACCAUCAUUGUAAAAACGUCAUAGUAUGGUGUGUUGCUCAAAAAACAUGAGGACCCGGCUGUCAGGGGACAAACAUGUAAGAAACAUGAGAACAGAGAGAAUCCAACCAGUAGGUCACAGUUUAUCAUCAUCUAAUCAUCUCCUGAAGUCCAUAUGGACGAUGCCACGCCUGCAGUCCGGCGUGUGGAAACAUUUCACGCCGGCCAUUAAAGAUGGAAGAGAAACCUUCAUGUGCAACUACUGUCUGAGGACCUACACCAAGAACGCCACCAAGAUGCAGAUGCAUUUGGACAAAUGUAAGGAGUUUUCUGUGGUUUCUCAGCGGUCUCCAGGUCCAGAAGUAAGCUCCUCGGCCUCCAUCCCGGUUCCAUCCUACUCCUUCCUGCCGGCGGCCUCGUCUGGGGGACAGUUUCUCAUCGAUUCGGUGGAUCAGCAGAGCCAGGCGCUGGCUGACGAGUGUCUGGCGAGGGCCGUGUUCGCCUCGUCCUCAACGCUCAGCCUCAUGGACAACAUCUACUGGAAGCGAUUCUUGGGCAUCCUGCGGCCGGCGUACUGCCCCCCGACCCCCGAGGCUCUGUCCACCCACCUGCUGGACGACGAGUACCACCGAGUGAGGAGCCUGGUCCAUGAGGCCGUCAGGAAGGCCGACUGCGUCUCCAUCAUCUGCAGCGGCUGGUCCGGCGCUGAAGAAACAGGAACUGUCAUUUAUGUUGUCGCCACUCCUGCUCCGCUCUUCUACAAAAGCAGCAAGACGAAGGAGUUCUCAGCCGAGGAGCUGAAAGACGUCAUCAGCAAAGUCGGACCUCAGAAGGUUUUUGCCGUCGUCACCGAUGACUCACCGGAGAUGACCUCGGCGUGGCUCCAGGUAGAGGAAGCGUUUCCUCACAUAUCGGCCGUCGGCUGCUCUGCUGCUGCCGUCCGCCGGCUGUUUGAUGACAUCAUGAAGCAGCCAUCUAUGAUGUCACUGUGCAGCCGAGCUGAGCAGGUGUUCAGGUGUUUAAGAGAGCAGAACAUACCAGCUGAGACCUCCAGAAGUUGGAAAACUACCAAACUAAGAAACCAAUCUAACGGGCUGGAGCUGCCUGACUGGACUGAUGUGGUGAACCUGCUCAGCUGCCUGCUGGAGGAUCAGAAUCAUCUCCAGAACCUGGCCCACACGCUGAACGUGGAACCUUCCAUCAGGUCAACUCUGCAGGACGAAGACUUCUGGAAAAGUCUGAGCAGCAGCAGAAACCUUCUCUACCUGGUCGGGAGUCAUCUGGACUUCGUGAGAAGAGAAGAUGCCGUUCUGUCUGGGGUUGUCGACAUGUUCGGUCAGUUACGAUACGCGGUCGGACCGACUCUUUCCGGGUCGGUGCUGCUCAGCGGCGAGCAGGAAGCCGUCAUGGCGUCGCUGGACCGAUGUGAGGAGUUCUGCGUGAAGCCGAUCCACGUCGCGGCGUUCAUGUUGGAUCCAAGGCAUGCCGGACAGCAGACGCUCUCCGUAGAGCAGGUCAGCGGCGCCUACAGCCUCAUCUCCACGCUGUCGCAGCACCUGGACCUGGACGAGGGGAAAGUUCUGGGCAGCUUUGCUCGUUUCUCGGCUAGACAGGGCCUCUGGAGGGGAUCCGGGAUCUGGAGUUCCUGUCAGCAUGUAUCUCCAUCCACCUGGUGGAAAGGACUGUGUUCCUCUGAGCUGCUGUCUGCCAUCGCAUUCGCUGUUCUCCAGAUCCCCCCGACCACGGCGGCCUGCGAUCGCCUGCGGUCGCAUUUCUGUAGCGCUAAAACAGAAACUUUGAUCUCAGCUGAAAGGUUGCACAAACUGGUGGCCGUUCAGACGAAUCUGAACCUUUUAGAGCCGCUGGAGAGUGAAGAAGAAGAGAAGAAGGUUUUAUGUCAGUCUGAGACUAAAUGUGAACCCAUGUAGAGAAAAACUGCCUGAAAUUGCACUUUCCCACCAGCACCUACUCGGUUCGGUUUGUGAGGUUUUCCAUCAGGACGUAGUACCUGGUAGCAGCUACUGUUUUAGUACCUACUCGGCCAGGGUUCCCAGCGAGCUGAGUGGAGCCGAUAAUGUGACGUCUAUGGAGUGCAGGCCACUGAUUGGACAGGAAGUGAUGACACACCGGAGCAACUCCUUCACGAAAACCGAACUUGCCAUUUAAAAAACAAAAAAACAAACUGGCAACAGCAAUGGUGUGCAUUGCUCUUCAUGGAACUGAGAAAAUCUGACAAAAAGCCACAGACUGAGCAGCAGGUGUACCAUGGCCUCCAUGUCCUCCAUCGUUGUGUUGCACACAAAUGACUUUAAGGGACUUCUGGGCCGCCGUGCUACGAUAUCUCCACGCAUGAUCAGGUGGUGCUCAGUGUAAUGGAAAACCACCUAAACCGAGUAGAGCCGAGGAGGUCCUAGUGGAAAAGCACCUAAAAUGAACAAAAUCCAGUUUAUUAGAUCAAAUGUAGAGUUUGUAAAUCAACUUUUUAUAGUCACAACGUGACACUUUAACACACUAGCAGUCUUUGUUCGAACAUUUGUUUACAUGGUGUAAAUAAAACGGUUGUUUACCCAAAAGUUCUCCUUCUUCUUCUCUACAGACACACGUUUGGGAGGUGAUGAAUGUCGGUUCUUAUGAUUUGAUUUUGAAAUUUAAAAGUUGUUGAAUAUCUAACUUUGUAUUUGAUUUGAACUGUGAUUUUUUUUUUAACACUGAGGUCGAAGCACUGAAUUUUGCCUGCUGAAUUUGAACAUCUUGAAUUUUUACACCUG